AUGUGCCACUACUGGACCACCAAAUACACCCUCUGCGGCUGCAUCUGCGACGACAUAUACCAGCUCUGCCCCUACCGCGAGUACUGCUCCGGCGCUGUGCUCACGCAGACCGAAUACGAAGAGGAUAUGUGCUGGCAGUGUCGCGAUGAUGAGAAUGAACGGAUUAGAUUGGUUGAGUUGGUGAGGGAGAUGGAGGAUUCGGCGGCAGAGGUAUUGGCGGACACAGGUUUGCCAGUGGAAUCUGACGGAGAGGGAGAGCGGGAAAAGAACGCUGAGAAGGGCGCUGAGGGACAAAACGAGAAUAGUGGUGGAGAGGGUAAAGGCAAACGUAUCCGUCGUCCAAAGUUGGUUACUUGCGAUGUUUCUAGGGCUUGUGAUCCGGAGGUUAUCAAGAGAGGGCAUGAGCGUGUCAGACGGGCUUGCUUUGACGAAAUGAAGUGACGGAGUUUGCC